AGCCUGCUGGAAUCAAGCAACCGACCUCACGUCUAUAAAUAGGACCCUCCUCAUCACAUCGAGCACUCUGAUACAUGUUUCAUUGAGCAGACAAUCCUCGCGCCCUCCCUAGGUCCUAGGUCAACAGUAAGAUGCCAAGCUCUAAGUUGAAAUGCCAUGUGUGUCACUAUAUACACAGAACUUGAUCAUCAUUGGUGCUUCCCUACCACUAACCAGCAGCUCUCUUCCUCAUCGAACCCAGAUCCCCUAGCUAAUGUGCAAGAAAUUUACUCACUGAUGGCGGGAACUGGCACAUAUCUAUAUAGCCCUCAGGUGAAUGUGUCUAACCAGAACUUUCAGACUCCCGCUGUUGGGGUCAACCUCCCUGAGAACAAAUACAAAUCACCGUAUCCGUAUAUUCGAUACGACAACCACCAGACCCGAAGCAAUAUACCUUUGAAUACGCCAACAUCGAAUUUUUCUAUGGGAAGAGAAGUUGAUACUUUUCCAAAUCAGCAUUAUUAUUCCCAACUACAGACACCGCAUGAUCUGAAAACAAAUGCAGGACUCUGUGUUGGUACGGAAUUCACGAAUUCUAUAUCUCGGCCAGCCCAUCCCUUGCCCGAUGGAGAUCAAGAAAAGAAGGUAGAGGAAGAUAUUUUUCGAAGGGACAAAGUGCAGCAGUUUAUGGAACUCAGUGUCAGAUGGGACCAGUUUAUGGAUAGUAUCCCUGAGGAGCAAAGGAGCAUUCUCUUUCGAGAUGUAAAGAAAUACUUCACUGCCUAAGCCAGGAUUCUGGAUAUAUCAUAGUACAGCCGAAUGAAUGCCAAGGAUGGGGUCAGUGUUAGAGUGGUGAAUUGGAGGUUGAGAUACGUUUGAGGGACACAGUCACCGGAGGGCUGGUGGCUGCAGGUGAUAACUCAUCAAAUUAUGCCUGUAUUUUUAAGCGGUGUGAUCUGUACUACAUAAACAAUGCAAGCCACUGCAUGUAUAUCACUAUGGAUUGAUCUACCGACAGCAAAGC